AUGGAUCAAAUUGACUUGACUUAAAUUUUGAAGAAACUAAUAGAAUGGAAGAACUCAUCUCCAACAGCUCUUUAUAAUUUAUUAGAUUUGAUUGGUACAUAAAAUUUCGGAUAAAACAGAAUAGUUCAUCAGAAAUUUUUAUAAGCAGUCUAAAAAUUAGCUUAAUUAAAUGAGAUACCAUCUAAUAGCAUUUAUAAAUCUUAUGAUUAUGAAAAAAUGAUAGAGAAAGCUAAAGCAAUUCUUAAAAUAUUGAAAUAACCCUAAUAAAUGGAAGUGGAGAAGGAUAAACCAGAACCAAUGAAAAAAUAUAAUUUAUUUGUUGGAUAUUAACAGUAAUUUACAGGAUAUGUUGAUAGAAUACAGAAUUUAAAUCUUAUAAGUAAUCUAAUAUUACAUAUAUUUAAAAAUUGGGAUUAAUCUAAUAAGCAACAAUUAAUAUCAAUUGAUAAAAUUAAAGAAGUAACUAUAGGAUUAGAGAAAGAAAUAUAUUUAAGAAAUGUUUUUAAAGAUUCUAGAAAGAUGGCAUAUGAAAUGGAUAUAAAAACAUUAGUAUAAUUUAUGAAGAGAGAUAAGACAGGAGAUGUACUUAUAAGAGUAUUUAAUAAAAGUUUAUCAUAUUAAUAAGCAGCAUAAUUAAAAUCUGAGGAUUGGAUUGAUGAAAAAACUAAAUUAAAUUAAAAGGCAGCAUAGAAAGAAGAACUUGAAAUUAAUUAGAUAGGUUUUUAUAAAGAAAUAUCAAAAAGGGAAAUGGAUGGAGUAGAAGGUAAAGAAUGUAGAGGAUGUCAUUAAAAAAAGGUUUAUUUAGUAGAUGAAAGAUAAACAAGAUGUGCAGAUGAACCAACAACUAAAUUCUUUGAAUGUUUCAACUGUGGUGAUAAAUUCCGUAUUUGA